AUGUCACAUCAUGGCGGAAGAUCGUCCCAUGGUCAUGGAAAACUAGGAAAACAAGAUCCCGAGAAGGGAAAUGUGGAAGUAGGAGAAGGUGAAGAAGAAGAGGAAGAUCCCUUUGAUACUAGGAUAAAAAACUCAGGAUGUUCGGACCUUCACUAUGCUCUGAUGGUGGGUAAAUAAUGUUCAUCCGAAGUGAAAGAACCUGCAACCUGCGACGAAACCUAUAAAUUUGACUUCACCAGGAAAUUAGUUUUUGUGGUCGAUCGAAAAUGGGGGGCGGAGAAGCAUGAUUUUUGGUGGGGUGGGGGACCCUGGUGAUUUUUCCACUGACCGAAAGACAGGAGCAAUCAGUUGAAACCUGUAUCAAGCGGUCACUCACAUGGAAUGGUUGGUAACCGCCUAAUGCAGGUUAACCGCUAAAUAUAGAUUCCACAGAAAAGGGGUAUUUUAAAAAACAAUGAAAAGAUCUAUUUUAUGCCGUAAUUGAUCACUCGAUGUACAAAAAACUUGCUCAAAAAUACAACUUACAUUGAUUUCGGGAGAAAAAAAGAGAUUGAAAAGUUACGUAACAGAUUUUUAAAAUUUUAUUUGAGUGGUUCUACUUUAAGUGACCAUCCAAUCCUGGUAGAAGACAAUACAAACAGGUUGUUGGGAUUCUUGGGAAAUAUAGUAAAAGGUGACCAUGACCAUUUGAUAGAGGUGACUGCUUAAUAGAGAUGAAAAUUACAGUGAUUAACCCUUUAACUCCCAAGAUCUAAUAAUUAAUUCUCCCCUCUAACUUCUACACAUUUCCUUUUAAAUUAGUCAUGAGAAUUCUGUGUUAGAUCGAGGUAAUAGCUUAAACCUGAUAAGUUUGAUUAUUCUCAUUACAUGUUUGCUGGAUUAUAUAUGGAUAUUUUAAGGAAAAAGUCACAUGUUAAUCGCCUCCAGUAGUUAUAGGGUUAAGGGGAAGGAAAUCUGGGACUUUGACAACUUGCUGCUUAAUACAGGGUGACCACCUAAUAUGGUGCUGCUUAAUACAGGUUCCACAUCUAAAUUUAGCUUACUUGUGUUAUCUUAAAAAAAAACUGUUUGUUUACUAACGAUCUUCUACAUACCAAUGAUUUCAGAUAAGGGUUUAUGAUCUGAGUCGCUGGAUGGUACCUUAAAAAAAUUGCUUUGCUUAGAGCCCUGGGUCAGCUAGAACCAGAGAGACAUAUUAAGUUUUUUGUCUGCAUUAUGUUAUCUCUUCAAGGAUUGUAUGGAUGAAUAUAAAGACUGGAGAAAAUGCCAAGACCAUGUAAAAGCUUUCAAGGCAUGCAUUGAUAAGCAGAACAAACAGAAGAAGCCUUAG